AUGGCUGAUACCGACAGUGCCGACAACCAACUGAUGGAUCUCCCUGCUGAGCUACUCCAGAUGAUAUUCAAAGCAGUCCUCCGCGAUCAGCAAGUUUCCUGCUGGUUCUUCCCGUACGAGACCGAUCGAUCUCCCCGAGCAUUGAGGAUCAGAUAUCCAGCGUCGCUCAUUGUCUCCAGGAGAUACUUCGCAGAAGCCAAGCAAGCGGUUCUACGCCAUGCAAAUGUCGUUCUGGGUGAAUACAAAUGGCAUCUGUCUCCCCAUGAGUUCACCAUGACCACGGACUUUCAGUUCGUCCACUGCCUGAGCAUACCCUUUCGACUCAACUUCAACUUGCGGCUCGACCAUCUCAAGGACAUCAUCAAGGCAGCACCAGGACUGGAGAAGCUGAUCUUGACCUUGCCUGCCGCAAUCUGGACGCAUUCCGAUACAGAGCUCGAACUCCUGACGGGACGAUCCACCUUUCCUGAGGCGCCAUUCGCUGCCAGACUUCAACCGAAAGCGGGCAGGCCCUUCAAGGAGCUCUUCCAGGACAACCUCUUGGAGAUCUAUCCAGAUCACCUCGACAAACUCGGCUAUCACAUGCACGCGCCGUUCUUGGCAUGGCUGGAGUCGGGCAAAAAGUUCGACCUGUGCUUCCGGAGCUCCGCAAACACUGCCGGUGACCAAGUCAAGCGCUGCCAUCACUGGGAUGCGAUCUAUAGCACUCGAAAACACAUCAUUUCGAUUCGACCAGGCAAGGACAACUGUGUAGAGCCGUGGGAACAUGGUCCCGACUACGACGUACACAUGGAAUCGGCGUUCUUCGAUAGGCUGAUCGACAAUUACGUCCUCACCCCGAAAGAACACACUGGCCCAGAUCCACCCUCAGUAUAG